AUGGCUGACACAACUGUUUCUCACACAAACGGACAUACCGUCCCCGAAACGGAAUACCGCGGAACCGAGAAGAAGCUCGAGGCUUCCGUCUCAGCUCUGAGCUCCUCUGGUUCUUCAGAUGGCGCCCCAGACGCCAACGGUACCAAGUCGGAAGAGCCCGAUGUAUCCAUCGCUCUGAACGCCGCCAACAUUGAAGCCGUUCCCUCUCUGAUCAAGGAGAUUAAUGCUCUUAGUGGCGAUUUAGAUAGUGAUGACCCGACAGCGCGGCUCAAGCUCAUGGCCAAGGCCAAGAGUUUGUGGCAGUCACUCGAGACUCCGAGAGAGACCAUGCUUCGUCAUGUUUGGGCUGAGCCAUCGCUUCACUGCGCUUUGACGGCUGGUACCGUCAAGGAAGUCUGGACUCAUGUCGCCAAGAUCGAUGGGCCUUUUAAGGUCGCUGAUGUCGCGAAGGAGAAGAACAUUGAGCCUGCUCUUCUUGCUCGUCUUGUGAGACAUGUCUCGUCUAUGGGAUACAUCACGGAGAUUGAUCAGGAUACAUACCAAGCCACAAACUUCAUCAAGUCAAUGGCCUUCCCAUUCAUCAACGCCGGAUACCCUUGCAUUUCUGGCGCCUGUCUCAACGCUCUCGGUCAAUUCCACGAAUGGGCUGACAUCAACUCAUGGAAGGAUGCCACUGAUAUCAGCAACUCCCCCCUACAGCUUGGCUACAAGACAGAAAAGACAUUCUUCGAGCAUCUUCACACCAAUCCACCAUACGGCCAGCUGUUCCAUCUUCACAUGGGCGGCUACCGUCAAGGUCGACCAUCUUGGAUGGAUGCGGGUUUCUUCCCUGUUCAAGAGAAGCUUAUCGAUGGCUUUGUGAAGUCGGAUGACUCUGCUCUACUGGUUGAUAUCGGUGGUUCUUUUGGCCAUGAUAUUGGAGAGUUUUGCCGCAAGUUCCCCGAUGCACCAGGUCGUCUCAUCCUCCAGGAUCUUCCCGUUGUGAUUGAUCAGAUCACUUCACUAGAUAACAAGAUUGAGCGAAUGAAGUAUGACUUCUAUACCGAGCAGCCCAUCAAAGGUGCUCGCGCAUAUUACAUGCACUCCGUUCUCCACGAUUGGUCAGACGAGACUUGUCUCAAGAUUCUCGCCCAAGUCAAGGCCGCCAUGAAGCCCGGUUAUAGCAAGCUUCUUAUCAACGAGAACGUCAUCCCUAAUACUGGCGCUCAGUGGGAGGCUACAGCAUUGGAUAUCAUGAUGCUUACUCUUCUUGCUUCGCGAGAACGUACGCAACAGAACUGGGAGAAGCUACUUGGAGAGGCUGGACUGAAGAUCAGCAAUAUUUGGACUGUCGCAAAUGGAGUUGAGAGUCUGAUUGAAUGCGAGCUGGUUUGA